AAAAUCAAUGUGAUGAGCAGUUGCUGUGCAACUGCGACGCCGCGAGGUUCCGGCUGUUGAUGUUGACCUGCGCGCUGCGAUCGGAACGCACGUUAGGUUCAGAAAGCAUGAUGUUGCAUGCUGCGUUCUGAGUACUGCCUGACGUACGAUGGAGUCCAGAGUGGAGCGGUUCUGCAGCCAGGGCAAGGGCCACGGUCUGCGGGCUCUCGUUCCUCUGAAAGCCGGGGAGCUCGUGUUUACCGCGCAGCCCUACGCGCACACAGUGUCGAAGAGCGCGAUGAAAACCACGUGUGCAAACUGCUUCUCAAGGAAGGAGACUCUGCUGCGAUGCUCCGGGUGCAAGACGGCCCGCUACUGCAAUCCAGCCUGCCAGAGACAAGCCUGGCCAGAGCACAAGAGGGAGUGCAAAUGUCUUAGGAGCCUCCUACCCAGAAUCCCUGGCACUCUCCAUGAUUCUGUCCGCCUUGUCGCAAGGGUCAUCUUUAGACUGUUGGACCCAAAACCCAGCCCAGCGGAGCAACUCUACUCCUUAGUGGAACUAGAGUCACAUGUUUCCGAGAUGGGUGCGGAGAAGAUGGAGGGCCUGGAGCAGCUCUGCACCAUGCUGCUGCUCUACCUGAAGGAGGAAGUGAGCGAUCUGUCACAGCUGCCCCCUGGCCUGGGGCCCAUAGACCUCUUCGCCAAGGUGACUUGCAACUGUUUCACAAUAAGUGAUGGGGAACUGAAGGAGGCGGGCGUCGGUCUGUAUCCCAGCAUGUCCCUGCUGAACCACGACUGCAAGCCCAACUGCGUGGUGAUGUUUGAGGGAGUCCAGCUUCACCUGAGGGCCAUCCAGGAGAUCAAGGCCCUGGAGGAGCUCACGAUCAGCUACAUAGACGUGGUGAUGCCGAGCGAGGACAGGAAGAGGCAACUCCAGAAGCAAUACCACUUCCUGUGCAAGUGUGUUCGCUGCACCACAGCUGACAAGGAUGCAGACAUGCUGGCGGGAGAUGAGGUGGUGUGGAGGCACUUCUGCGACGCCAUCCCCCGCAUGGAGCAGCUACAAUCCGAAUGUCAGUGGAAGCAGCUCCUGGGGCAGUGCCAGGCCCUCCUGGGUGACUGCAGGGGGACCGCGGUCCCGGAUCGCAACGUGUACGCCCUCCGGCUGCUGGACCUGGCCGUAGACGCCUGCGUCAACUUGGGCCAGUGGGAGCGAGCCUUGGAAUAUGGGACCAGGACCCUGGAACCGUACAGGUUUUAUUACACUGAUGCUCAUCCAGCUAGAGCGGUCCAGCUGAUGAGGGUGGGCAAACUGCAGCACUAUCUGGGCAGGCUGGAGGAGGUUCGCCGGACCCUGCGCCAGGCGUACGACAUCAUGAAGGUGACCCACGGGAGCGAGCACGCCCUCGUCGUUGAACUCCGGAGGAUGCUGGACGAGUGCCGGGCCGAGCUGGGCUGCACCUAGCGGGGCCAAGACGGGGAAACCUUCCGGAAGAGUGCGCCUUUCGUAUUUCCUCAGCAUGAGGAGCAGAAGCCCUCGCAGCACACGUUUUUCUCCGUGCCCCUGUGCGUGGCUGCGGCAUCGCAACGCACUUUUAACUCCCGUCAUGUCCGGCGUUUUCGGUUAUUGUUGUUCCGAGUGACAGUCGGUCACGAUGUUGCAUUUUUUAAUCUGUCACAGCUCUCUGAUGGAAUUUUCAUAAAAAUCCUUUGAAGAGGUAUUUUAUUUUACAUUGCGAAUAAAGCUGUAUAAUGCUGCCUUUAGAUUGACGACUUUUACGUCGUAGUACAUUAAUAGAAUUUUCAGGUUUAUGGAGAGAACAGUAAUAGUCCUUGACUCCAUUAUAUAAUAAAUGUUAAAGUGACCAAAAACAAUUAAUGUUAAGUGAGUGAUUAAUAAUUGAAGGACAAAUCUUUGCAGCAGACUCAUAGUGUUAAAUUAUGCAGAAAGCUUUUGUGAGAUCAUGCAUUUGUGAGACCACGUGCUUGUAUGCUAAUUAUCUGGGUGAGAGUUUUU